GAUCAGUACUUAACUUAAAACUUUGCAGCUGCGAGACAGGUGCAUUCUCUGAAGGAUAAUCCUGAAUAUCCUUGGCGGCAUGUUUAACUCUCUGAUUGGACGCUUUCGGUUCUUGUACUGCCUGAUCUAUGGCCCUGAAAGCGAGGAGAAUAUGCGGAUCCUACUCAUCCGGCGGGUGAUUAGCUUCUUCAUUGGACUCUUUCUGGGGUACUUGCUCUGGAAAAUGGUGGCCCUGAAUUUCAGUUUCGGCGUUGGACUCGUCGAUCUGUCGGCUUUCACAAUCUUCGUCUUGUUUACCGCCACAAUGUUUUCCCUGAACUGCGGAUUUCGAACAGUGACCUUGCUUAUUUUUGUGGCUUUGGUGGGCAGGUCGGGCAGGACAUAUCUCCGGGCUGUGGUAUUUGCCUUUAUCAUUGCCGGUCCAAUCGAUAACUUGGUGAAGAAUGCUGGCGAAGUUGCCAGAGUCUUUGAGUGCACCACCGUGCUGACCUACAACCUCUCAAAGACCCGCUUUGAUCUGAUGGCCAAGCCCUUUACGAACACCCUCCAGAACAUGAGCGAGGACAUGGAGGAAGUGCGGAAGACCUUCGGCGAGCUUCAGGGCGUCCUCACGGAUCUCAAGUAUGCCGUAGAGCAGUCAGACAUUGAAGAUGACAAAUUCGGAGACGAGGAUUCUAAAAAUCUAUUCCGAAGACUGGCCAGACAGACCGACGAAAGUAAAAGCUCAGAGCGGGAGGAAUCUGGGGGCAAGGAACUUCCCACACCCGCCGAGGUGCAGGAUCGUUUCAAGAGGAAUAUGAGGAACCGCUGUAAGCAUCAGCUACGAGGCGGCCACCGGGCAUGCCAGGAGGUCUUUCGCCAGGGCUACCGCAAGUGCACCACCAACUUCCCCUCCCUGAUUUCCAAGGCCGUUUGCUGGCCCUACCGGGUGGACGUCAUCUGCGAAAUGGAUCUCUUCGGGGAUCCGGACAGGAUAUGCGAUCCCUCUGAUGUGGUGCCGCGCAACUUUGGCGAUACAUAUGUGGGGUUGUUGCGGGCCGAGCAGGAGCUCUUCGACAACAGCUCCCAGAUAGAGGUGUCCUACCAGCUGAAGAACGAAGAGGUGGCGAAGUCUCACAUCCAGUCCGCCCAGCGUACCUCGCAGGCUUUUGCCGAGGACUUUGAACGACGUCGACGUAUAUUCACUGGGGUUAUGAGUGUCCUUCAGAAGUUCCUGUGCCUGUUUAUCCUUCGAGUGGUCUACGCUUCCAUUUACUAUUUUAUUAAGUACCGCACUGAUGUGGAUUUUGAUAAUUUUUACAUCACCGACUACUUCAGACACGUGGACGAAAGGCGACGAAAGGUACGCAGUGAGUCUGCCAUCCUGCCACUUCGCACCUACGAAAAGUCCAAGUAUAUAGAUUUGAAGAAAAUCUGUAGUCGAACUUACCAGGAGUCCACCACGGUGGUCUACAGCCUGGUGCAGCUACUCCUGGAACUGGUCUCCGCCGGGCUGUUUAUAAUGUUAGACAGGAUUGUGGUGGAGCUGCUCCUCAUCAUUCGAAAUAGAUCCUUGAUUACGUAUCACCAGGAAGGCGAGCAUGAAGUGCGGUUUCAUAUCAGUGGAGCUGGACAGAUGGCCCGCCUAUUGCGGACCACAAUGCACAAUUUCAACAUCCACGAACGCGUCUCCACCUCCUUGACCAACCAGGAGUGUCUUCCCAAUCCUCAUAUCCUGCCCCGAAGCUUCUACUACAAACUGUUUUUUAUCUACGUAGUGAUUGUGGUGUUGAUCUACCAUGCCACCACGUUUCUAAGGAUGCGUCGCCUGAUCUGCAGCUACUUCUACUUCAAGCGCGAAAAGCAGCGCAUCCUGUAUUUGUACAAUCGAAUCCACCGCCAGAGGAUCAGAGCCCUGUACAACUUAAUGAAAGUCGCGGAGCGUAAUUGGUCCACAUUCCGGAUCCAGCGGACUGUCAACCUCUUUCUCCGUCUCCGGCUGAGUUUUCCCAAGUAUUUUGGAUGGCUACGGCAUUUCUAUUGCGUCAAAUACGGUUGCUUCGUGUGUCGGGACCUGGAAGAUGACACGUUUAUCACUUGCCCCACCUGUGGCCUGCCUUACUGUAAGACCUGUGCCGAGGACCUCAAAAAUUCCUGCCUCCAUUGUGGCGCGUCUCUCCACAAGUCUACUGAAAUGUUACCCUGGGUUUCAGAUGACGAGAGCAGUGUGGAGGUUUACUCUUACAGGAAAAAGAAGUAGUCAUUAUUAUUUGAAAUGUAACCAUCACCAUAAUACUGAAAGAUAC